AUGAACCCGGCCAACCCUGGAUUCAAACCAUUCUUCGUUAACACCGACUGGGCCCGAACGCCCUGGAUGCCCCAGACUACCCCCGCAUCUUCGUUUGGACCCGCGUGGAACGCUCCCUUCAUCGGAACGCCGGCCGGGUGGCAAGGUGCAACCCGAUCCGGAGGAUACCCGUCGCACACGUACCAACCGACUACCCCGACUACUCUAACUCUCUACUCUCAGAGUGGGUGGCCGGGGACCCCAUCUACUACUCUUGGAGGACCCUACGGACCUAGAGGGCCUAAUGGACCAGGAAGGCCUAACGGUCCGGGAGGACCAGGGGGUCCGAAUCCUCCUGGGGGCUCCCCUCUCUCGUCGGGGGUGCCAUUUCAAGGAGGUGACGGUUCCCCCGGUGGAGGAAGCCAGCGUAGUAGCCCAACGCACACGCAGAUGGUCUUUGGUGGAGAAGACAAGGACUUUCUGGGAAGCAUUCGAACGGGCCACGGAAGGAUUGAGCGAGCGCUUGAAGCUAAGUGCGUUCCGGGAGGCUUGAAAAUGAAGUCAGGUGAGGAAUGGUGGACUCACUCGCAGAUCAACGACUUCGAGACCCUCCGCACGCGGUUGCACAACCAGUUCGUGUGCCAGACCCCCUUGCAAAUGAUCGAGCGCCUUAAGCCCACCAAGCGUAUGUCAGCAGAAGUUUGA